AUGCAUCCGCCACCCUCUAUCGCAAUAAUCGGUGCCGGACCGAGUGGUCUUCUCUUCGCCCGUCUCCUUGAGGUGAAUGGACUCAAGGACUACGUUGUUUACGAGCGUGAUGAAUCGUCCAUCCCAGGCCCGUGGCAGCAAGGCGGCUCCCUGGAUCUUCAUGGCCCGUCAGGUCAGCAGGCACUCAAGGAAGCGGGUUUGUUCGAGGAAUUCAAUGCGGUCUACGCACGCUGGGAUGCCUCGCGGGUGCACAUACUUAGGUCCUCUGGAGAGACAGUAGGGCGCUUUGGUGAGGGCCGUGAUGCGCCCGAGAUCGAUCGCCUGCAGCUACGUCAACUUCUACUUAGCUCUAUACCCGCGCACAAGAUCCGGUGGGGUCACGGUGUGCGCUCUAUUGAUGGGAGGAAGACCAACAGUCCCGACGAUGUUGGUAAUGGCUGCGUUAUUCAUUUUUCUAAUGGCAACUCGGCCACUGGGUUCAAGCUUAUUGUUGGAGCUGACGGGGGUUGGAGCAAAGUCCGUCCCUUGAUCUCAACAGCCCAGCCAGUGUAUUCCGGAAAAAUGUACAUAGAAGGCACGAUCUCGCACAGCAACGCGAGCUACAAAGCAGCCCACGAGUUGGCCGGCCCGGGAAUGAUGAUGGCGAUGGGUCCAAACAAGAGCUUGGCAUUGCAGCAAGGGGCUGAUGGCACGUAUAGAAUGUACUUUGGUGUCGUCGUUCCUGAAGACUUUUACCAACACCGCAAUAGCAGUGCUACGGAAAAGUCCGAAGCUGUACGACAGUUGAUGCUAUCUUCGGAGAAAUUCUACGCAAACUGGGCACCGCAACUCAAAGCUAUCGCUGCAAAUGCAGAAGGUCCCUUCCGUGCCUGGAGUUUGCACUACCUGAGACCAGAAGAAGUCGGUUGGAAACGCGAUGCAGCUCCAGGUGUGACGCUACUCGGAGAUGCAGCGCAUCUUUCAACACCUUUUGUGGGCGAAGGAGUGAAUUGCGCCAUGUACGAUGCUGUGCUGCUGUUUAAACGUCUCCGUGAGCUCUUUGGCAAGCAUCCGGAUAUUGCAAGCGUCCAGGAAGCAAGCUUGGAAGAGGCCCUGUCUUCGUAUGAAGAGGAAAUGUUUGAGCGCGGUCGGGACUUGAUCCGGCGCAGCGCGGAGAGUGAAGAAGUGCUUUUCAGUGAUAAUGCAGUGGAGAACGUUUUCGGGUUCGUGGAUGGAGAACAUGAGGAACUGCUUUAUGAUGUAAAGGCCUCUGGUGGCAAAUAG